ACUUAAAAUACAGAAAACCAGGGCUGCUUUUUUUUUUUUUUUAUUUAUACCAUGCCAUAUAUAUUUAAUUUUCUUCAGAAUUUGAUUUAGGUUUCGAGGGAUUUUCACAAAAAGGAUCCCGUUUGGGAGAUGUUUGAUGACCUCGGUCGUAAAGCAGGGCAAACUCAAAUUCUCAUGCAAAUUUAUCAGUGCUGUCUCUGCGAUUCACAUUCUCGGAAAUAGGAAUUGCAGAUUGUAGAACCGGAUGUUGGUGGUUGACUUCUUGCUUAUAUGUUGGUUACCUGUUGUCAAAAAAAAAGAUACUGUUAGCUGUUAGAAGGAGAGAGCAGCAAACAUAGUGAAGAUGGAGUGUAAUAAAGAUGAAGCCAUCAGGGCUAAGGAUAUUGCAAUGAAGAAGAUGACAGAGAAGGACAUUGCUGGAGCAAAAAAAUUUGCUUUGAAGGCCCAAAGCUUGUAUGCUGACCUUGAGGGUCUUCCUCAAUUACUGGCAACACUUGAUGUGUACGCCUCAGCUGAGAAGAAAAUUAAUGGUGAGAUUGAUUGGUAUGGGGUCCUCAAUGUAGAUCCCUAUUCUGACGAUGAUACGAUAAGGAAACAAUACAGGAAGCUGGCUCUCACUCUUCAUCCUGAUAAAAACAAAUUGAUCGGGGCUGAUGGCGCAUUUAAAAUUUUAUCAGAGGCUUGGAGUUUGUUGUCCGAUAAAGCCAAAAGAAGUGCAUAUAACAUGAGGCGGAGGGAUUUAUAUCAGAAAAUUCCUACUGGGAAUUCAUCAGUGCCAGCCGGUAGGAAUGGUUUCCAUAAUUUCACCAAUGGUUCUAAUUUGAACACAAGGGAUCAAAAGAGUGCUGCUCAUCCAAAGCCCACUCCGGCGGUUCCCCGUCCAUCAAAACCAAAUACAUUUUGGACCGUAUGCAAUCGCUGCAAAAUGCAGUAUGAAUAUCUUAUAAAUUAUCUCAACCACACUCUUCUUUGCCCUAAUUGCCAUGAGCCCUUUUUGGCCGUAGAGACGCCACCCCCACCUUUAAAUGGACGCAAGUCAUCCACUCCUUGGACUACAUACCAGCAACGGCAGAAUUCAAGCUCCCAUGUGACAAACCGGAACUCUGAAACUCCAAGAAUGAAACAGGCUGCUGCCCCAAGUGCAGGAGGAACAGGGUUUUCUGGUUUUGACUCAUUUAAUCGGGCAAAUUUUCAGUCAGAUUCUAUUUCUAAAUCAGGUGGAGGUGGAAGUGCACCGGCCUCCACUUCCUCAGCUGCUCAAGCUGUUCAGCCAGCCUAUGAGAAAUUGAAGAGAGAGCGUGAGGAAGCACGGAUAACUGGUUCUACUGUAUUGGGAGGAGAAAGGCGAAUGAAGAAAAGGCGUAUGGAUGAAAAUGCAAUGCAUGGUAUUGGAAGAGAGAUGCCAAAUCAAAUGGGCAUGAGACAUGGAGUGGUUGGCAUGGGAAGUGUGCCUGCUUCUCAAAAGAGCAGUUCUGAAACUGCAAGGAUCAAUGUUCCUGGAAGUGCCAGGUCUAUUACUACAAAGGAGCUGUCACAGCCAGAGGUUCGUAAAAUGCUGAUAGAGAAGGCUAGGACGGAAAUUCGCAAGAAGCUGAAUGAAUGGAGCACAGCUGCUGCACGAAAGAAUUCAUGUAAAGAGGAGAAAGAGAGGGAGAAAGGGAAACAAGAAGCUACUAUAAAUGGUGUAAAAAAUGGUGCAAACAAGCAUAGGCAGCUUGGUGUUGCUGAGAAUAAAGUGCAUGCUAAGAAGUCUUCUCCUGCCAUUGCUGGUGUUGAUUCUGAUUCAAAGGGUACUGAAACUGUAGCAAUGAAUGUUCCAGAUCCAGACUUUCAUGAUUUUGACAAGGAUCGUACUGAAAAGUCAUUCAGUGGUAACCAGGUUUGGGCUGCUUAUGAUGAUGAUGAUGGGAUGCCUCGUUAUUAUGCUAUGAUUCAUGGUGUUGUUUCUCGUAAACCAUUCAAGAUGCGAAUUAGUUGGCUUAAUUCCAAAAGCAACAAUGAGCUGGCCCCAAUAAACUGGAUUGGAUCUGGUUUUCCCAAAACUAGUGGAGAUUUUAGGAUCGGCAAGCAUGAAAUUAACAACUCUCUUAAUUCUUUCUCUCACAUGGUUAAAUGGGCAAAAGGAGCGAGGGGGGUCAUUCAAAUAUAUCCCAGUAAGGGAGAUGUUUGGGCUCUUUAUAGGAAUUGGUCCCCUGAUUGGAAUGAACUCACCCCUGAUGAGGUGAUUCAUAAAUAUGACAUGGUGGAAGUGCUUGAAGAUUAUACUGAGGAGCUAGGUGUGACUGUCACUCCAUUGGUUAAAGUUGCUGGUUUUAGGACAGUAUUUCACCGGCAUUUGGACCCGAAGCAAGUCAAGACAAUUCCAAAAGAAGAGUUGUUUCGGUUCUCUCAUCAGGUUCCAUCAUACUUUCUUACAGGUCAAGAGGCUCAAAAUGUUCCCACAGGUUGCCGGGAGCUUGACCCAGCAUCCACACCUUUAGAACUUCUUCAGGUACUGACAGAAGGUAAGGAUGAAGAGAUGGUGAAGAAUGCAGAAAAACCUAAGAAUGAUAUGUUGACAGAUCCUAAAGAAACACCCAAUGAGAAAGGGUUGAUGGAAGAUGCUGUGAAGUUUGGGGCAAAAAUGAUGAUGAUGAAUAUGAAGGAAACUGAAGUCAAAGAUAUGCUGGAAAUUGCUGAAGGGACUCUAGGAAGAAAUAUGGAUGGACGUGGGUGCUGACUUCUGAGUGUAAUUCCAGAUCUUUCUUUUUGAGGACCUUAUGAGAUUGACUCAUAUGGAAGAAAUUUAUUUUGCAGCUGUUUUCUGUUUGACUGCUUAGAGGAAUCAGAGAAAAAGAGUAGGAAAAUUUGGAAACACAUGAUGACCUGUUUGACCUAAGAAGUCGUAAGACUCCCAAGUCGUCUCUUAUUUGCUCGCGUUUUCUUAUAAUUGAAGAACUCAUUUUGUGUGAUGAUACUGAAUCUGAUCCAGCCAUCUUCAUUUUGUUCUGUAUAGUGCUGGGUGUCGAGACCAUUGUAGUUCUCACAGGAGUUCUUGGGAUGCCAGUGAAGUCUCUGUAUCGGCAACCUGAAGACAACUUGGAAGGUGAUCUUGCAUGGCUUACAUGGUGUUUCCAUGGGGCUUAACUGCUCUAUCUCCAUUAGGCUAAAACUCAUGAUCAACUUCUGUCCUCCAUUGGCUUUUUUUGACUUUCUCAUUUCCUUUUACAUUUCCUAAAGCUUGCAAAAGGACCCUUGGCACAAAAUAGCCAAAUUUAUUUACCUUGGGAAUGCAUGUUUGGGAUAUGCUUCACCCUGCUUUGCUCUUGAUUUCUUGUUCAGUCAUAUUACAUUAAACUUUGGGAAGAAAUUUCAGCUUAUAUACAUAUUGUUUCCUUUUUAAAGCA